CCAAAUAUGUCAUUUCGCAUUAAGAUCCUCCCUCCAUGUCAGAAUCGUCUUCCUCCUCUCUCCUCUUUUCAACUUCAACACCGAUUCUCAUUCUUCACUCCGUCUCUUCACUCGUCUAUCCCGCUGCGCUCCUCCUCCACCUUCUCCUCUCUCUUUUCUAUGCACCGAGACAAAGUGCCGCCCUCUUCGCCCCCAUUUUUUUCCCAUCUAUCUCUCGUUUUUUUCCCUUCUCCUUAUGACCAAAAGGAUUUACUAAUCUAAAUCCUUCUACAGUUUUGGCCUUAGGAACUGAAUCGGGAGCGAUCCAGACAACUUAUGAAGCCAUAAGGUGAUUGGCUUUUGCAAAUCAUUGAUUGUUUUUUUUUUUACUUCCUUUUCUUUUUCUUCCUUUCCUCCGUUCUUUUUUCGUCGGGUAUUUCUUCGUGACAGCACACUGAUCGAAGUUGAACAAACUACUUUCGUAAUCGUUUCGUGCUGCAUUUCUCGAAAUCGAUUUUCCUUUUGUUUCCCGAUUUAUUGUUUCCUGUUCGACAAAACCGAUUGGAUAAUUUUUUCCCUAAAUCUGAACCUUUUUCUUUUUUGGUCAAAGUUUGUUUACUUGUCUUCAUCUUCGAUAAAAUUCGUGCUAAUUUCGUCCGAGACUCAGAGACCGAUUCUUAUUGCUCGAGUUUUUGGGUUUUCUUCUCGCUGAAAUCGAUUCUUAACGAGUCUUAUUAACACUUCUCGUGCAUGCAUGUCUUUAAUGUGUGCAUAGAGGUCGCCAAGCAUCAACCCCUCACUUUGACAGCGUCAUAAGUGGAUGUCGUUGAUCAACUCGAAUGAACUGGUUCGUUUGCUGCGUUCUUAAAGUUGGAGAUGCCUUGGACUCGAUUGUUUACUGUUGUGGUUUGGUCUUCUUGGCUUCCCCCCAUAAAAAUCAGAUAGGUCCCCGCGGCGGCCCCACCCCGUAAUCACCUAAAUACUUCUUCCAAGUAAGGGCUGAUCGACCCUACCCCUCCGGAAGCUGCUAUGAGAAACAAAGACUUCAUUGGAAGAGUGUCACAUGACAUGCUAGAGCAGGAAGAUUUGGAUGCUGCCAAUGUUUUGAUGGACUUGGCAAAAGACACAGGUUCGGUGGAUCGGCUCCUUGCAAAAGCACCUACCAACCAGAAUAGGAAUCCUAAAAAGAUAUCCGCUUCUGCAUUUGACUCGGAAUUUUCCAUUAUUCACUUUCUUUCUGCUGUUCGGCUUGUAUUGAUCACUCCAGUCGCAGAAGAUUUUACUGUAACACAUAGCAGGCGAGUGGAGGUUGCCAACAGUGGAAAAGGACCUAGACAUGGCCUCUGUCUGGAAAUCAUUGGCAAAGAUGCAAGAAGCAAUUCUGUCUUUCAACUGCAUAAGAGUGACAAAUGCAUCAAUGCUUCAGAAUGUGUACAGAAGAAAUUGCCUUCUCUUACAAUUGAAGAAAUCGUGCAACGGCUGAGAUCCAGCCCUGGAGACGCACGUAUAUUUGAGCUGAAAGCGUCUCUUAAGGAUUUAGUCCGGGGAGCUUUAAAGAUAUUUUCAUCGACAAUAGCUCCUUCAGGGGUACCUUCCUGGCAGCCGCUGAUUACGUAUCACAAAUCUAGUAAACAUUGGUCAUGGAUUGGUCCAAUCCCAUCUCUCUUAUUUCGAGGUGAAUGUGCCUGUGUAUCUCCCAAGGCUUGGGGCUUGAGGAGCCAAACUCUUAAUAAGCUAGUUGAGUGCUUUUCUGAAUGGCUGCGAGCCUCAAGAGACAUGCUUCAGAAGAUUUGGAAUCUUCCUCCCCCACCAUUGGAGUUCAUGGUACAUUGGAGCAGCGCUGAAAGGUUUAGCGCCACAAGAAAUCUGAAGAUUAGCAUUGCCACCAUUAGUCCAAGCAGUGAGCAAGUGAGAGCAUAUUUCCGCAUGGAAGAAGCUUUGAGGUAUUUAGUCCCACAACAGUCAUUUUCUUAUACAACUGUUGACGGCAAGAAAUCUUCAGUUGCUCCUAUGAGGAGGUGUAGUGGUAAGCCAUCAAGAAAAGCCCGGGACCAUUUCAUUUUAAAGCCCAAUCGGCCUCCUUGUUUCACUAUGCUUUGCCUUGUGAGAGAUGCAGCUGCUAGAUUACCUGACGGCAUGGGUACAAGAUCAGAUAUAUGUACUCUAGUUAGGGACUCUCAGUUCAUUAUUGAAGACAUCGAUGAUGAUCAAGUUGAACAUGUUGUAAGCGGAGCCUUGGACCGCUUGCACUAUGAACUUGACCCGUGUAUACGAUUUGAUAGGGAUUCUCGGUUGUGGUUUUACAUGCAUGGAGAUAGAGAGCAAGAAGAUUAUGAAUAUGAUGGCACUUCUUCAAUCAAGAUCCACAACAAAAUGAAACUGCCAACCUUGGGUGUUCGGAGAAGAAGGCGUGCCUUAUAAGAAUUUGGAAGGGAGUUGGUUGCAAGCUGUAAAAUAGUGCAAGUCCUGAACAACAAUGCAUUUGGGUUCAACGCCCUGCGCACUCUACAUCUAGAAGAUUGGCGAGUCCCCGGCCCCCUGCUUAUAUUAAAACCUUCCAAUGCCCACCUCAUGGUGUCCAAGUAUUGCCGUCCGCUAUUGGGAUGUGAACAUCAUAGGUUGCUUGCAUAAGGCUAUAUAUAUAUGAUGUUGGAGAUUUUGGAAAUACUUACUGGUUGACAUUUGUUCAGUUUACUUGGUUUUAAUGGAAUGUUAGUCCCUUCUUUACUUGGAUAAUGGAAUCAUAUCGAUUGAUUUCAAAAUAGCCGUUCCAAAGAAGGUCAAACUCUAAAAGCCUACUGUUGUAUCAUUCAAGACACGGGGGUCGAAUAGUCAGUAGUCUGCUCUUGAAGUUUAAUGGUGCUGGAGCUCAAAUUAAUAUUUGUGAAUGAUUAGCUGAAUAUAGUCGCAAAGUGAUGCUUUGCUUUUCUUCAGCGACUAAUACAUUAUCGUUAACCUGGAAAUUACAAGUGCCAGCAUUAAUAUUGCAGCAAAACUGAUUUCUGAGAACGUGGAUUCGAUCAAACUUUGACAUAUCGAGUCUUAGUAAGUGUAAUAUGAAUGGAGAUGCAUGUAAUCUAUUAUUGUUUAUUGGAUGAUAAUUAGUUAGCUUCUUAAUGGAUGCUAACAAAACAUCUAGCUUGUUCU